GGGGGGGGCCGGCGGGGGGAGGGCAGGCCGGGUGCGCGUGCCCGCUGUGCGCUCCGCGCUGGGGCUCCGUGAGGAGGCCUUCGAGGAAAAGUUGCAAACUCCCAAGUUUUUUUUGCUAUCUUUGAGGGAGCAGGUGUCUGCGAGGAGGGAGCGAUGUAGGAGGUGCCUGGGCGCUCAGGGAGGUGUCGUGGAGAUAAAUGGAGAGGAUGUGGGAAUGGAAGGGAUAGAGUUGUCAGUCCUCUCAGGGUAUUCCAGGGGAGAGACUCCAAAUCCUCCUUCUGGAGGGAAGGGGGAUUGAUCACUCUAUUUCCUUCUCACAACAACCACCACCACCAACCAACCAAACAACCAAACAAAAAAGUGAAGGAAAGAACCCAAAGCAAACCCAAGCCAGUUGCCCAAGGAUGGAGUGUCAGUAGCCAACCUCAGCUGGACUCUUGGGAAGAGGGCUGAUGCGCUCUGGCUCGCGCACACAUGAAGAGAUUCUCCAAGUUGGUUGGCUUCACGAAGAGAUAAGGCCAGGCGAGCUCAAUGUUUUUAAAGGUGGGCCGUGUAUGAUGGAACCCAACUUCUUUUAAAGUGUAGCAGAUCUCAUUUUUAUGGCCAAAUGACAGCUUGACCCAGUUGUUAUCCAAUCAAAGGGCAUUUUUUUGAAUGUCUCUUUGUGGCACAACAGCCAACGCAAAAAUGAUGGCGGCUUACAAUGGCGGUACGUCUGCAGCAGCAGCGGGUCACCACCACCACCAUCACCACCACCUUCCUCACCUCCCUCCUCCUCACCUCCAUCACCACCACCACCCUCAACAUCACUUGCAUCCCGGCUCUGCAGCUGCGGUACAUCCCGUACAGCAGCAUGCCUCUUCGGCAGCUGCAGCCGCGGCGGCUGCGGCUGCGGCGGCGGCGAUGCUCAACCCAGGGCAGCAGCAGCCAUAUUUCCCAUCACCGGCACCGGGUCAGGCCCCUGGACCAGCUGCAGCAGCCCCAGCUCAGGUACAAGCUGCAGCAGCUGCUGCAGUCAAAGCGCACCAUCAUCAGCACUCACAACAUCCACAACAGCAACUGGACAUUGAGCCGGACAGACCUAUUGGAUAUGGAGCCUUUGGUGUUGUCUGGUCAGUAACAGAUCCACGAGAUGGAAAGAGAGUUGCACUCAAAAAGAUGCCCAACGUCUUCCAAAAUUUGGUCUCUUGUAAAAGGGUCUUCCGGGAGUUGAAGAUGUUGUGUUUUUUUAAGCAUGACAAUGUACUCUCUGCCCUCGACAUCCUCCAGCCUCCACACAUUGACUAUUUUGAAGAAAUAUAUGUUGUCACUGAAUUGAUGCAGAGUGACCUCCAUAAGAUCAUCGUCUCUCCUCAGCCGCUCAGCUCCGAUCAUGUCAAAGUUUUUCUUUACCAGAUUUUAAGAGGUCUGAAGUAUCUACAUUCUGCUGGCAUUUUACAUCGAGACAUUAAACCAGGGAACCUCCUCGUGAACAGCAACUGUGUUCUGAAGAUUUGUGAUUUUGGAUUGGCCAGGGUGGAAGAAUUAGAUGAAUCUCGCCACAUGACUCAGGAAGUUGUCACUCAGUAUUACCGAGCUCCAGAAAUCCUGAUGGGCAGCCGCCACUACAGCAAUGCCAUUGACAUCUGGUCUGUAGGCUGCAUCUUUGCAGAGCUGCUGGGCCGAAGGAUAUUGUUUCAGGCACAGAGUCCCAUCCAGCAGCUGGAUCUGAUCACAGACCUGCUGGGCACGCCGUCACUGGAGGCGAUGAGGACGGCUUGUGAAGGCGCCAAGGCACAUAUACUCAGGGGUCCUCAUAAACAGCCAUCCCUUCCUGUCCUAUAUACACUUUCCAGUCAAGCUACACAUGAAGCAGUUCAUCUCCUUUGCAGGAUGUUGGUCUUUGAUCCAUCCAAGAGGAUAUCUGCUAAGGAUGCCUUAGCUCACCCGUACCUGGACGAAGGGCGGUUGCGAUACCACACCUGUAUGUGUAAAUGUUGUUUUUCCACGUCCACUGGGAGAGUUUACACGAGUGACUUUGAACCUGUCACUAACCCCAAAUUUGAUGACACUUUUGAAAAGAACCUCAGUUCUGUUCGGCAGGUGAAAGAAAUAAUUCAUCAGUUCAUUUUGGAACAGCAGAAAGGAAACAGAGUGCCUCUCUGCAUCAACCCUCAGUCUGCUGCUUUUAAGAGCUUUAUUAGUUCCACGGUUGCUCAGCCAUCCGAGAUGCCGCCAUCUCCACUGGUGUGGGAGUGAAGUGGAAGAUUGUGUACUACUGAAGAUGUAAUGUAGCUUUCCACUGGAGUCUGGGAUUUGCAAUUCUGGAGGUUAAUCAAUGCUUGUACUGUAAUUUUACUAAUGAAGUUUUAAAUUAACAACCACUACUUGUACAAUACGAAUAAUACUUAGAGACCUGCUAGACUUUUAAUCUUGUAAAGUGGUUGUGCUUUUAGAAGAACAGAUUUUACCCAGAGUUGCACCUGUUUGAUGAAUUCGAGUGCAGCUGUGAUGGCUCAGCUCAGAACAAACAGAAUCAAACCAAAUUUGGGGAGGGUUUUUUUUCCUUUUUUUUUUUUUUUUUUUGUAUUUUUUUUCCCUUUAUUUGGUUCUUUGGGUUUUGUUUUUUUAUUACUAUUAUUAUUGAAGCAAGAUUGUACAAAAAAAAGGAGGAAAAAAAAAAGACAUUUUUGCUAUCGAGCCAUUCCUGGAGAGUUUUUUGGGGUUUUUGGUUUUUUUUGGGUUUUCUAUAAACUAAAGGAAGACAGAAAACUUGACUGCGACCAAUCAUGAAGUGGUGGCAGGUGGCUGAGCUCACCUGGAGAUCCCAACCCUAUAAAUAGCUUCUGGCUAGAGCUGUGGUGGUGCCGUGUGCUGUCCUCAACCCCAAUGUCGUGAGUAGAGAGAAUGAGUUUGUGACUAGGAGAGACUAAACUUCUGUUUCCUUACCCAGUAUAAAUAUAUAUAUAUAUAUUUAAUCUA